AUGAAAGGACUGCUAGACGAGUUGAAGUUGAGCGUCAUCAAGCCGAUGCCGAUGUGGAUGGACAGCCAAGCGCCUAUCAAGCAGAUCGAGUUGGAGAAGAGGACGUCGAGCGCCAAGCACGUGGACAUCAGGUUCAAGUUUAUCUGCAACUACGCGAAAGAAGAGAUCGUGGUUCCAAGUUUUGUCAAGUCCCAAGACAUGAUGGCCGACAUCCUGACGAAGUCGCUGCCGGCACCAAGAAUGUAA